UAGGGACAGCCAGAGGCCCUCUGUGGGGUAGAUGGAGCCCUUGGCUUUGAGACUCUGGUCAUCAGACUAGAAUAUGAACUUUUUGCAGACCCAUCUCUUGAGAUCUUCCUGGCACUCUUGCCUGAUGUCAGACUGCCCUGCCUGUGGGGAGCCCAAUGUUCCCAGCUAGGAGGCUCCAGCUUGGCCGCUAAAGGACAGAUUCCCAUCCCAAAAGCGGUCCGUGUUGGAACACUGAAGUUGUUAAAGGAUCAUGGGACGGGGGAAAUGUGUGUAACGCCACACUCACGGAAGGUGUCAGUUCACAUGGAGAGACCAAGUCCCCCCGGUUCCUGGCUCGUCGGCUGCUUUUUCGUGACAGCCGUCUUCCGGCUGCCUGCUUGGGUGACAGGGGAUGCUGGCAAGGUCUACACAGCCCCUCUUGGGGACACAGCCAAGUUGCCCUGCCCUCUCUUGCUCUGGCCUAACAUGAUGCUCAGCGAGAUGAGGUGGACUCGGCCCGGACACCUGCCUCGGACCCAGGCUGUCCACGUGUUCCGGGAUGGGCAGGACAGUGAUGAAGACCUCAUACCAGAAUAUAAGGGCAGGACGGCACUGGUGAGGGAUGCCCACAAGGGAAACUAUACCCUGCAAAUCAGUAACGUGAGGCUCGAGGACCAAGGACUGUACCAGUGCCAGGUCUGGGUUGGAAACUCAAGUCAAGAGGACAACGUGAUCCUGCAGGUGUCAGAUCCAAGAAGUCUGUCCUCUCCAGCGGUGGCUCUCUCUGUGGUCUUGCCCAUCUUGGGGCUCCUCAUCCUUCUCGGCAUUUGGAUCAUCUGUAAACAAAAAAAAUCAAAAGAGAAACUGCUGUAUGAACAGGCGAUGGAGGUAGAAAAUCUUCUGGAAGACCAUGCCAAAGAAAAAGGAAGACUCCACAAAGCCCUCAAGAAACUCCGGAGUGAACUGAAGUUGAAAAGAGCCGCUGCCAAUGCAGGUUGGAGAAGAGCCCGGCUGCAUUUUGCGGCUGUGACCCUGGACCCCGACACAGCACACCCCAAACUCAUCCUGUCUGAGGAUCGGAGAUGUGUGAGGCUGGGCAACAGGAAGCGGCCUGUUCCUGACAACCCAGAGAGGUUUGAUUUUGUUGUCAGCGUCCUGGGCUCUGAGUACUUCACAACCGGCUGUCACUACUGGGAAGUGUACGUGGGCGAGAAGACCAAAUGGAUUCUUGGAGUGUGUAGUGAGUCUGUGAGCAGGAAAGGGAAGGUCACCGCCUCGCCUGCCAAUGGCCACUGGCUUGUGCGACAGAGCCGUGAGAAUGUGUACGAAGCACUCACGUCCCCGCAGACCUCCUUCCGCCUCAAAGAGUCCCCGAAGUGCGUGGGGAUCUUCCUGGACUAUGAAGCCGGCAUCAUCUCCUUUUACAACGUGACCGAUAAGUCCCACAUCUUCACUUUCACCCAUAGUUUCUCGAGCCCGCUUCGCCCUUUCUUUGAACCUUGUCUUCACGACGAGGGGAAAAACACUGCGCCUCUAAUCAUUUGUACUGAGCUUCAGAAAUCAGAAGAAUUGAUUGUCCCCAAACAAGAAGGAAAAGACUGUGCUAAUGGAGACGUGUCUCUCAAGGUGAAUUCAUCCUUACUGUCCCCUCAGGGGUCUGAGCUAUUUAUACUUAAUGAUACCUGGCACUCUAACCUUGGCCCUGCCCUGAAGGGGCUCAAGGUUCCUUCUUUGUAGGGCUGUGUGCCCUGUGCACCACUCAUGACCACCCAGCCUGGUACCCUGGACCCAGGCUCCUGGUCCAGCACCUGUUUCUCUAGUACCCCAUCUCCUUGACCCCAAUCCAAAUCCUUCUGUGGUUUCUGUUCUGCUUUUCUCCCAGGGCUUAGUUCUGAACUCUGCCUUUUUCUUGAGACUAGACAUGUCCAUUGCUAUGGUAGAUGACUUUUUGAAAUAAACAAAACACACUCAGUCGAGGUUUAGGAGGAGUUCUUGGAUGUGACUCAGGAGGACUCCGUUCAGGUCAGGAGAAAGGGCUUUCUCCCCAGGGAAUCAUGACACCAGCUUCUCAUCGUCAGCCUGCUCAGUGGGCUUUCAACUGUGAAGUUACAGCCCCCAGAUCCCAAUGCCUUCCACUUGAGGCUGUUCUCUUUCCCCCCAGGCAGGCCUCUGACUCCCCAUGCCAGCUUUUUACAAGCAUAUGUCUUGGGAUUCACACAUCCUUUCUUCUUUGUUCAGGGUUUGAGGCAGAGGGGUAGACACUCCAUGGUUUCCUGCUUUCUCCAUGCUGUUCACAGCAGAGGUUGGAGACACCCAGGGCUCUCCUCAGCAGCUAAUCUGAAACGGAGACAUCCAGAAUGCACAUGUUCUCAAAAAUCAACUUACCUGCCUCAUGGCAGGAACCAUAAUCCCAAGAAACUGGAGCACAGGCUGGGAGGCACAGCUGCAACCAAAGCAAGCCAGCUGUGCAGCCCUGGCAGAUGAGUUAGUCUCCAGUCUGUGGCUAUGGCCCUUCUGAAAACUUCCUGAUACUCAGAGAGGCCCAGUGAGAAAGACUGGCAGUUUGAACCACUCAUGCAUACCGACAAGACUAUUAGACUUGACAACAGCCUCCAGGUCAGAGAUUAUUGAUUUCAAGAAAGUUGGUCUUAUUUCAAAUAAGACACCUUAUGGUCAGGUACUGUGGUGCACACCUGUAAUCCCAUGUGGAUUACUGUAAAAUAGAUCUGUGUAAAUUAUAGACCAGACUGGUCUAUAUAGUAAGUCCUAGGACAGUCAGGGCUGUGGGGAGAAAUCCUAUCUCAAUGCCACCUCCUCAAAAUGAGACAAGAUAUCAUUUUGGAAGAUUAUAAGAUGAGAAUAUAAGAUAACGAAUUCAGGGCUGCAAAGAUGGCUCGUCGAUCAGGGGCUCGUCUGCUCUGGCAGAGGACCAGGGUUUGUUUUUAGCACCCAUAUUGGGCAGUUUACAACCACUUGUAACUCCAGAUCCAGAGGAUAAGACUUUAUCUUUUAUCUAGUCUUUAAGGGCACCUACAACUCACUGCACAUAGCUACACAUCAACACACACACACACACACACAAACACACACAAACACACACACACACUUUUUAAGUUAAAUACUUAAAUAAUGAAUCCAAGUUUUGGAUGUGGAUUAGGGAAAGAAGGCAAGGCACUUUCAAGUCAUACCCACAUAUGUGAUUCAGCCUGUUUGCAGAGGUAUAAUUACCGAUUUGCAAAUGGGAAGGCAGCUGGACUCCUCAGGAACUAGAUCUGCUACAGUCUCUUUCCAAUAGAACCUGCACUAGUGUUCCCUAGAGAAAGAGAACCAACUGUGUGUGUGUGUGUGUGUGUGUGUAUACACAUGUACAUACAUACAUGCAGACAUAGUAAGAGAUGGGGACAGAAAAUAAAUAUGAGAGUGAAGUUGGCAGAUGAUGAGAGUCUUGGAAAGAGCCAAGUUUUACUUGUAGUCUAAGGCAGGGAAAGAAUUGAUAUCUGUCUAAAGCCUGAAAGGCAGCAAGACUCUUCUGAGAUCUUCCACUGAUAGGUUGACUCCCACUGGAAUUAAGGAGGGUGACUGCUUUAUUCAGGCUACAGAUUAAAUGCUGAUCUUGUCCAAGCUCCUCUCACAGAGACACCAGAUGUGAUGUUUGACCAAGUUUCUGAGACCUUUGUGACAGGUCAAAGUGAUAUGUAAAUUUUUCCAUUUUUGUUUGUCUUUGUACAGUUAUUAAAUAUACCCUUUAGUACUUA